AUGAAGAGUAUUUCGACAUUGCAGGUUUCCUGCCGCAAGCUUCGUUCGCUUCUUGGCCAAUCAAGGCAAGUCCAAUCCAUUUGUCUAACAAGCUGUCGUCAGUUUUGGACGUCCCCAACGUCCACAAGCAAAAAGGAACCAACCAGAUCGGGUCUUCUUGUCCGGAGAUUCAUCAAUCCAUGGAUUGAUGCUGUUUCGCAGAGGGAUCCAGUUAUCUUGUCAGAAAGAAUUGAUCGAUAUACCGAAGGAUUUGCCGUUGUCUCUACCUUGCUGUGCGCCUUGAGUGCCGCUGCUUUGGCCAAUAUUCCAUCGCAACCACAACAACACGACAAAGACUGCAAGUCGUCGUCCGUCUUGACUUCUUUACUCAAAGGAACAGGGCUUUUCCCACUGACACCAUCCGCGGAAGCCAAAAUUCUUCACGAUGCCUACGCUAUUGCGUGUUCUACAUCCUUCUUUUCUGCAGCCUGUGCCCUCGGUUUGUCCACGGUCCUCAAUGUGGUGGGCACUGUGGCUCCCCGAAUCUAUGUGCAAAGUGGUUUGAUUAUUCGACAUUCAUUGGCCCUGGGGUCUAUACCCUUGUUUGCGACGAUAUCAGGAGGGUGCAUUGGGUUGGCUCUGGUCAUUGGAAUCGAUAUGGCUUCGUGUAGUCCACUCUUGACGUAUAUUGCAUUGGGACAGUUGAGUUUCACCGUUAGUCUGGUGGCAGGCACGGCAUUGAGGGCACAGAUUGGUUUAGUCAGGGCCAUUACAGCAGCGGCCAACCGCAACAAUAAGCAGAGACGAAAAAUAAAAGGCAGGCAAUAA